GUCAAUUUUUCCAUGAUAGGUUUAUCGGAGUAGCAGUAAAGAGUAUUUUAAAUUUUAUGAAGACUAGAAUGGGAAACAUGGAAUAGAAGGAGAAAAAUAGAGAAAUGAAAACAAGAGAGAGUGUUUUGCUGCAUUCUGAAAGAGACAGACAUCCGUGAAGGAGGAAGAAGAAACGUGGUCAUAAAGACGUGAAACGCAUCGCGUUGCGCGCUCAGUCGUAGCUUGAAAAUCGCGGGCGACUUGCGCGCCUCUAAAAUCAAUGAGCGUGUCCGGCGACGAGUGUGCCGACAGCGCGACUCCACCAAGCAAUUGUGUCGUCGGAGCCGCUGCUUGGUCCGGUCUACUCCAUAAUACUCUCGGCAUCGUUUUUCACGGCACUGAGCCGUUUCUACGUGGAUGGGACACAAAUCAUGUAAGUGCACGUGGUAGCGAGAUGCCGUCGGGCCACGAGGACAUGGAUCUUUGCACCGACAAGGUCCUCUCUAAAGGCAGGAUUCUGCAAGAGCUCACAAAGGCUGUCAAACUGGUCUAUGCCCAAAGUCUCUAUGGUACUGUGGUCUUGGACGGUGAUUCUUGGCUAGUUUAUUGGUUGGAUCGUGCAUUGCGCCAUGGACUGCGUGUAGAGAGACAUGGAUAUUGGGGCACUGCUAGAGAACUUAGUCAUCAGGACACUGUUGUUGUCAUUCAUGCACUGCAAAGUGUAUUGACUUCCAUCGGAAAAGGUCGAGCAUGGCUCUAUCAUACUUUGAGCGAGGGCAGCUUUGAGAGCUAUCUGGCCUGUUUGUUGCGAGACAGCAAGACAUUAAAAAAGCAGUAUUUUCCACACGCACUCGUAAGAGAUGUUGAUAAGACCAACCAACUGGUCAAUCUUCUUGCUGGACUGGAAAAUGUGUCCUUCACGUUGCAAUUGGAUGUGACGUAUUUGGAUAUCUGCAACUACAUGCCGCAGAGGCCUAUGAGUGUGAAUCCAUCAGGAACAGUCUUAUCGUUGCAUCUAAGGUCUUCUAGUGUUUCAUCGAGCCUAGCUUCUCCAGGAGACAGCGGCGUUGCAUUUGACAGCGAUAUGGAUCUCGCGAACGAAACUGAUGGCAGCAGUUAUAAAGAGGAGGAUUUUUCAAUGGAUGAUAUUCCAAAAUAUCGGAAUAAUAGGUACAAGACAAUUAUCAACAAUCGCAUGGAGGACAAUAAGAAUUUCGGAUCCAGUGACUCUAGCGAGGACGGCAAAACGCCAACGCAGUCACCUGCGAUUACUAAAUUUCAAACUGUCGUGAUGACGAAAAACGACAUAGUCAACCAAAACGUAACGCGAAAAUUGGAUGACAAUGAGAUGAACUGCUCCAGUUUGGAGACUCUCAAAGACUGCGAUUUCUAUAGUAAGAGUCUCGACGAGACGAAAUUGGAUAAGACGGAUAAAAUCGAUAACAAUGUAAAGGACUUCAAUAAAAGAAGCACCUAUUAUAAUGAUAGUUCCGCUUAUAGCUUUAAGAAAAAUAUAGAUCCUCGUAAUUCUUAUCUAAUCAAUAACGAUACGAAUCUGUUGGAGCUGAGCAUGACUAUCUCCGAUUGUGACAAUAUGGACACUCCUUACGGCAUUUUGAACACGAUCAACAUGACGGACGCCAGUAUUCUAUCUUCCUCGAGUUCAGAGGCUAUAGUGCAGCGCAGGCAGCGUAAGAAGAAACGAGGCGAAAGUAAAAAGCGAGUUAGCUUUCAUGAAGACAUAUUAAAAACGAUGAAAUUGGAGGACGAUGAGACUUAUGCCGAUUUCUCCAUGAGCUUCUUGUUGCCCAGUUCUGUUCUAAGGAGGGACGCUCAGAAAGGCAGGUACAGUUGGUGCGCGCACGGAGACUCGCCGUACGCACAGAAGAAUGUGAACACCGGCAGAAAUGUGCACUCAGACUGUUACUCUUUCUCAUCGUCGUCAUCGAGCGCAUUCGACGGCGACGGAGCCGAUAAGCAGGCGCCAUCAAAACUGUGUAUCGAUGUGCCAUGUCAGCGCAAUUGCAGGUGCAGCUGUGGCUUAUCUUUGUCGGAGCGUGGGGCGCCAGAAGGUCAAGAAGAUCCAGGCAAGAGUCUGAGGCCUAAGAUGGAAAUAGAAUUGGAGGAGAACGAGGCACAGGAGGCUUACAUUGGAAAGGCAUAUGGUAACAUCGUCGAAGAUCCACCGUCCAAAGUGGAGAUGCCGCAAGUUGGCAAUCCGAAAUACGCUAAUUCGAGCGACUGGUCGGAUGUGGAUAGCGUGACAACGUCUGAGCUCGAUGAACAUAAAAACAGCCGACAUUUGGCCUCACCAUUGAAGAAACGCAACAUGACGGCGAUACUGACGGGCGAGAGCAGCAACAAGCUCUUGGCGCCGCCGCUGCGUCAAGCUCCGUCAAAAACAUCGUUACUGAGCAGAUUCUUAAAAUCUAUCACUGAGAGGAAGUUCGAGAUCAAGAAGAACAAGAAGCCAAAGCCAAACACUUUGUAUAUUAAGGGAAUUAAGACGAACUACGAUUCUUUCAAAGAUUUUAACGACAAUCUCGACAAGGAAAUCCAAGAGAACAUGGCUGCUGAGAAGCAGGAAUUUAGCGGCGAGAAAGUAAGCUUAAAACUGCGCGAACUUUUCAAGAGGCAUAUUUACCGCGACAAGACGGAAGAGCUGUAUAAAGUAUACAAAGUCCGAAGUUCGUACAUGACAAACGGUGAAAGCAAGCCGAUGAUCGCAUUAUUGACGGACAAGACACUAUAUUUGACCGGCUCCAAGCUGGACCAUUCUUAUAGCAACCAAUUCGUUAUUCCUUAUAAUGAACUAGAUGUUAUUAUGAUCGGGCCGAAUGCACAAACUAUUUUAAUUUCCAAUGCCGAUUACGAAAUGCAGUAUCUGUUCUCUACUGGCAGCUCGCAAACUACCUCAGAAUUAAUCAGUCACUUAGAGAUGGCCAUGAGACGAUCGCCAUCAAAACCGAAGCUUCCUGCUGUUAAGGAACUGAAUUACGAGGAUAUGCACAUUCUGAGGAAUUCAAUUCUUACUGACACAGCUGUACAUCCCGAUGAGAAAAUUGAACACUACAGCCUUAUUUAUAUGGAAGACGAACACAUGUCGCCGCCUAGUACACCAUGUGGGCCAAUGAAAGAGGGCGAUCUAAUGUUCCGGCCGCAUACCUAUCAGAGCUUGUAUCCGAACGCACCCGCGAAUCCUUGGGAAGCCGGAUAUUUCGUCCUGAAGAGCGGCGUGGUUUACAUGUUCACAGAUUCGAAUCAGCGGCUUCCUAAGCGCGCUAUACCUUUAAAAGGUGGCUUGUGCCAGGGAUGCAGAAGGAUCCCCAACUGUCAUCGGCCGCAUACCUUCGAGAUACUACUGAAGCCCAACAAGUCAUAUCAAUUUGCUGCUCCGGACGAAUACGUGGCCUCCGAAUGGCUGCAGAGCUUUGUUCAAAGCGCGUCCGGUUUGUUUGAUUGUAUAGAAAAGAGAGAACCGUUGCCUUGCAGUCUUAUCACGACCACGAAACACCUAGUAGCGAUGAAGGAGGUCUAUCCUGGCACGCAGAGAGGCCAAACGCUGUCUUGCGCCUCUAUCAAGGAUUUAGCAGCGUUCAGGGUGCCAUUGGUGCAACAAUCAUGGUGUAUACUGGAAUUCAUGUGUCGAGAAGUGCAUGAAAGUAGCGGCGAUUGGGUCAUAUACUUUACGAAUUAUACCGAGCUUUGUGCUUUUAAGGAGGUUUUGGAAGCGCUAUGGACAGACGCAAACUUGGGUGAAUUUCCCAUGGCAACGCUUCCACCAGAGGAUAAAUUACAGCGACGCUGUUCGGACGCUAGCAGGGACUUGGAACAUGCUUGGCGAUAUUUGCUACCACCAGCUUUAGAGUAAGUGACAGAUGUAUCGGAGACAAUAUACACCGUCAUUUAAGAAAUUAUUUUAUCAUAUUGUCAUAAAAAAAUCGUCACUCUCGUGAUGUGAAUAUUUGGUAACCAUAAAAAACUGAAACACUAAUAUAUCGUACGUAAGAUAUGCCGCUUGUGCAAUGUAAUUCAAAUUUCUUUCGCUUCUGUUGCAACAUUACAUGCCAUAUAUUUAUCAGUUGAAAUUAAAAUGAUCGAUGUUACUUUCUGGUUUAUAGGUAGAAGGACAACGUCCUUAUUCAGACACAUGAUACCUGAUUCGCUAUAGACAGUUUUAAUUUUCUAAUUUCAAGGUACAAAUAUAUGCGCACGAGAUAUAAGUUGCCUCGUAUAGAUAACUAUUUAGGGAAGUCGCAGAAUGGUGCAUUAUCUUUCUUGUAGCAGAAGUCACCAUAAUAAGCAACUAUUAAUUUAUAACGACUCAGAGUAUGUAAUAUAAUUGUGAGACAUUAUUGAUUACUAUAUGAAUGUCUAUAUACUCACAUAUAUGGAGGAGGCGUACUAGUAUGCAUUUGAAUACGCACUAUUGAUAUUAACGUAGUUAUUUAUCGUCGGAGAUAACAUAAAAUUUAAAAACACUUAAAACAGCUUUAACAAACAAUAAUAAUACUUCCUAAACCGCUUCUGGAAUCAAUAUGAUUUAACAUUUCUAAUUGAUAAUUACAAAUUGUAUACUAAUUUUAGUAUCACUUUCUACACAUCAUCUUGUGGUAUGCCUCAAAGCUGUAAAAUUUUAACUCCAUAUCUAUUAUUGUUUUUAAUGUACAGGCAUUAAAUACGAAGUAUAAGCAUAAUAAUGCAUUUUAUGCAUUAGAUGUUAAUUUAAUUUAAUGUAUAUAAUUUUAAAGCAGUCCAAAUAUGUAGGUUGAAUCAAUUUUUUACUUUCGUUUCGUAAAACUUUGGAAAUAAUUGAGCUUUAAAUAUACUAAUUAAAUACUGUAAAAUUACGAUAUAAAGAAAGUUGGAAAUAUAUUUUAAAUUAGUUUUUUGUGAUAUAAUAACAUUAAUAUCUUUCUAUGAGAUAUUUGUUAUCAUCUUUUUAAGUUAUAAUUUUGUGUUACCAAAGCUACAUGAACAGAUGCAUUCCGUAUAUUCUUGUGAAUAAAUAUUUAACUUAUGCAUUAUUUCAUGUAGCUACAAAUAAUUGUGAUAUGCUAUUAAGUAAUAAAUAUCAGCUGUUGUUAAGUUCAUGGAAUUCCUAUGUGAGAUUUAUGUAAAUUAAAUGAGCAAGCAUCGCGCAGAAAUAAAAUCGGUUUUGUAUAUUAGUUCUUGUUGUGUGAAAAGUACGCGGAGUUAAAUUUUUUACAAGUUACAGCCAACAUGUUCUAAAUGUUAUAUCCGUAUACCUUUCACACACAAAAAUUCUGUAUCACCGUACACAGUCUGCAAAUUAUGAUAAAUAGAAAAUUAAUAAAAGUAUACAAAGAAAAUCUAA